GUGACAUUCGUCUGCUGUGUUUUUGUUUGCAACGGUAAACAUCUUACGGGAAGCAAGAUUUAGAAGUAUGUCACUGUUUGUUUUUUCACUCUGUUUGUGUGCAGAAAGUUUGAAAUGACAUUUUAAUUGGAUAUUCACUCGUUAGCCUUUUUUAUGGAUUUUUGUGUUUAUAGUUUUUCAUUCCAUUCUAGACUCUACACUCUAGGUCUAGGUCUAGAUCUAAAUUCAUUCCAGACUACUCUACUGUACAUCGAAAUCCUCACAAUGUUGUAGAAGUCUUAGUAAGUCUAGUUUACGCUUGAGCAGACAUGUCACCGUGUGUAUAGACUAGGUAAUGAUGUCAGAUCUACCUGACAACGUCACGUAUUUGCCGCCCACUUCUUAAUUAAUAUAUCUAGACCUAUCUAUUGUGGGAUCUUUACAGGAGCGUUACUGAAGGCCAGAUUCUAUCUAUGUUGAAGUGCACCAGAACUCUUGUUGACUUGACACUGAGGUGAGCCAGGUCUGCAUUGACCUGACCCCAUUGUGUGACCUGGCAGGUCUGUGUGCCAGCUAUGCUGCUGCAGGGGUAGGUGCAGUAAAGGCACAGAUGGGGUAAACAGUGCACCCCCAGGUGUUACUGAAAAAGUGACAACAACAAAAAUGGGCAAAAAGAAACAAAGACCCUCAGACAGAAAACCAGAUUUGAUUGAUUGCAAAGUGACAGAGCUGGUCAUUCAGGUGUCUGAGGUUGAUAAUUCUAGUCAGCCCCGUGCCAUAAAGUUUAGAGAGGAACUCCUUGUGGACUUUCUACAAAAGAAUGUUGAAGAUAUGUACCCCAGACUUGGCCAGGAAACCUACCGGGUUCCCUCUGUUCACUUUAACAAGGAAGGCAGCAAAUGGAGCAAAGAACUGAUGAACCAGACUGGAAACAAAGACAUCAGAGAGUAUCAGCAGCCACAAGAAACUGAUAAACGAAGUGACAGAGCACACAGUUUUAUUUGCGACGUCAUCCAUCAGCUCAGUCUUAACUCCUCCACCACCGGCCUGCCUCCUUUCUUCAUCUUGAGCUCUUAUGAGUACGACCACUUCCUGUCCAGGUUGAAAUCUUCCUUCAAAGACAAACCCAAUGCAGUAGAAACGACCAAGAUUAACUGGCCCAGUGGCUCAGGUGUGGAGAGGGGAGAGGCAGACCUCAUUCUGUUUGCACCCAAGCAUGUCAUUUUUGUUGAGGUAAAAGCUGUUGGAGAUAACUUUGAUCAGUAUAAUGACAGAGAUAAAGCCAUACUUUCCACGGUAGAGAAGGCUGUUGGUCAGUUGGUUAGGGAUGAGAAAGUCUUCCAGCAUGUCUUCCAGGACCUUGACCUCCAGCACUUCCAGCUGACAAGAAUCGUAGCACUGCCCAACCUUAUGAGGAACACUUUGGAAAUGGCACUUGAGAAGGACAAACAUUUGAAUGAGAAAUGUUCAGGCUACAAGUUUUUAUGUAAAGAAGAUUUCCCAAGUCAUCGAUACAACUAUGCAGAAGACCUGGACAGUUUCACUAACUGGUGGCAGAAAAAUGUCUUCUAUAAAGUACAAUCCUCUAAAGAUGUCACAGUGACACACCUGGAUGAUACAAACGUUUUGGAUGACUUGAAGGUUAUUGUAGGACGAUAUGUGGGUUUCCUGUCAGUUGUCAGUGUCAGCUCCAGUUCUAGUCUAGGCUCACAGAGGAGAGAAAUACGUCGCAAGGGCCAGACAACUUUAUGUGUAGGCAAAGGUUUCUCAGACAUAGUGCUUACCAGAACACAGAAGGGAUACAUUGAUCAGAAUGUCAAGUUGGGAUACCUUAGUGGGCCACCUGGUUCGGGCAAAACUGUGGUGCUGACCAUUAGAGCACGCAGGUGGAUCAUGGACACUGGAAACUAUGUUGUUGUAGUCAACAUGUAUCGGGGAGAGUCAGGCAGAGCCAUUGGGAAGAAGAUCUUGAAAUCUAUUGUAGAACACAGCAAAGAGGAGAAGCACAAGGAGCUCUUACAGCACUGCCUUGAGAUUGAGUUGGAUGUGGAUAACUUCAAUCGAGCCCAGUUUGUGGAUAAGGUUAGAUCCAGGUGGAAAGAUAUAGGACCUGAUGGGGAGAAAAUUAUGUUUCUAGUGGAUGAGACUUAUGUAGAGAGGUACUGGACCAAUGUGUUUACUGUACUGAGAGAGGACUUCAAGGAAAGCAGUAUGUGGUGUGCUGGACUCUAUGGGGAACAACCCAAGAACUUCUAUUCCAUGAAGCUUCAAGAGGUGAUUCGUUGUCCACCAAAGAUUCAGCAUGUCCUGUCAUUAAUAGACUGGAAUGAAGAGAGGAAGGCGUGUUACAUCCUGGACUCUACCACUGCCAGCCUUCCUACUGAUGGACCUCCAGUACUCACCAUCCGCCAUUCAGAGCAUGAAGGAUUUGCACACAUUCAUCCUUCUCAGUGCCAUCUGUGUGGCCAACAGCUACUAUAUUUACUUCAAGAUCAACUGAAUGUAGAGAAACCAAAUCAAAAACAUGAGUCACCUGACCUCCAAGAGUGUACACUGAGAUGUUGUGAUGUUUUAUUUCUAGUCAAUAUGCCACGCACUGAGUAUAGCCAAGAUGAAGUCGGAUUUCUAGACACAACAAAAUCAAAAUACAAAAGUUAUAUGAGAGCUUUAAAGAAGUGUGCCAUGUUAAAUGUGCUUGAGAGUGCUGGUUACCCUUACAAGGUCCAUACAAAUCUCAAGUGUCUAGAACUUGUUCAGGAUCCACCAGAGCAAGUCAUUAAUGUGACAUGGAUCUACACUUACCAAGGCCUGGAGAAUACUGUUGUCAUAUUUCUUCCAGGAGAUGAAGGGGUCACUAACCCAUCAAACUUAACAAGUGACCUGACAGACCCAACGAAAAACAUUCCUUGCCCUGGGCUGCAAGACAGCGGCAGUGACUGUUCAAGUAGUGAUGAUACUGACCAUGAAUCCAAUGAUGCAUCAACUUCCGCAGGUCUUGUCACAUCAACAUCUAUGUCAUCAUCAUCUAGUCAGUGUACAGAGAAAGACAUCUCUAAUACAACAUUUGUGGACAAGGUUUCCAGUCUGAGUGUGGAGAAGUUUUACUUCCAGGAAAAGGAUGUGGAGUACUACUCACGAUGGGAUAAAAACAACUUGUUUAUCACAGCCUCUAGAUGUACUUCACAGCUGAUUCUGAUCACUCAGUAAAGACGCUGUAUUAGAAUUGCACAUACAUUUGUAAGAUCCAAUGGGAAUAGUAUUGUUAACAGAUAUAGUCAAAUCUUCUAUCAAAUAUGGCUAUAAUGAUGCUAUGGUUAUUUUAUUUUUUUUCUUAUACAAUACCUUGCUGAGCUUUAUGAUAAAGAAUGAGCUUUUCAGGCUUAUUAAUAUCAACACUUGUUUACAUUUUUAUUCACAUACUGAUGUCAAAAGCAAGCAUUUUGAUCAAAUGUUAAGUUUAAUUGAAUAAUUUUGAACUGUUGUCAUAAUACCCUAUAAUUCUAAUGAAAUAAUGCUUCUUACUAUAGUGAGAAAUUAUGGCCUCUCUGUAACUAUACCAUUCAAAUUAUGAGGCUUGAACUUUUGGUAUAUUAUUUCCACCACUGAAGAGAAUCAGCUAUGAAGGAAUUAUUUCUUUUCUUAGUUUUAAAUCCUUUUCUGCUAAUUCUGCUGAAGAGCAACUGUACAGCUUAACUUAAUAGUAAAGAAAAUGCUGAGCAGUUUUUUGUUUAUGCCUAUUUAGGAAAUUCAUACCUUUCUAAUAGUAGAGCCCAGCACCUAAAAAGAAACUUUCCAGUUUUCAAUCUGUGAUGUUAAGUGAGAUGUAAAGGAUUCUCAAUUAAAGGUAGCUUGGUUGAAGGAAAUAAUAGCAGCAAUAACUUUGCAAUGUAAUGUUCCAACAAGAGCUCAUUACGAUUCUUAUUUGUAUAGAGCCUAAUCUUUAUGACAGAGUAUAACUUGCUCCCAUUGUUUUGUGACUAAAUAUAGUAAUGUUGCAUUUUGUGUGUGACCAUUUAUUAAUUAAUUUUGUAUUCAGAUUGAACAGCAUUUAAAAAAUCUGUGAUUAUAAUUAGUUGCUUUAUUUUGAGUUCACUAUUUAGUAGAAAUGUUAUUUUAUUUGUUUGAUUAGUAUUACAUAUUUGUCAACUGGAAAGUAUGUUUUGUUUCAUCACAUCACAGUUAGCUAAAAUAAUGCUGUCCUAACCCUAAAACCUGGAGGACCAAGACAAAAGUCUGGUUUUGAAAGCAUUAUGUCUAGAAGUUUCUAAACUACACUUUUCUAAAUGAAUGUAUUCAUAUCAUAUUUAUAUAUUUUUAUAUACUUUUAUCCUAUUGCUAUAUAACUCACAUGGUCAGUAUGAAAUCUGUUUUUGUGUAGUUAUGAUCAGACUAAUUGCUUGGUAUUAACAUGUAGUUAAUAUAUAUGCUGUAUUGUAUUCACAGAAAAUAAAUAAUAGAUUAGUAUUUCUUGACCGGGGGGGGGGGGGGGGGGCACAAGAUAAAAUUUGAUAUGAUCAAAGAUUAAACUCAAUGAAAAAAAAAUACAAUUGUUGGGAGCAUAAAAAUGUUGUAGUUACUGGAAUUUUUCUUUUUUUUUUUUCAUAAAUUGUAUAAUAUUGUUUAAUCUAGUCUAAAUAUGUUGAUAUUAUGUUAAAUACUGUUACUUGCAUUUUACUCAAAACUCAAUUUGACUUUGUACAAUUCUAUUUUUGGUGUCUCAAAAACAAUGACUCACUCUACCCUGACAUUACUGCCAAUCUUCCAAUAUGUAUUACAUGAGUAACUUGACUGCAUCAAACAUUUUUUUGUAUUCCAUGUUAUAUAAUUGCUACUACCUGGUGAUGAAGCACUUUUUGAAUGUGAUUUGUUAAAAUUGAGUUUAGCUUGUUCAAGAAAUAUCUUCAUUUUAGUUAGCAUCCAGAAAUAAAUUAAAAUAAUAAAAAAUAAUAAAAGAAAGAUUUAUUUAUAGGUAAAAAUAAAUUAAAAGUACCCCUUUCAGAUCUUGCGAUCGACGGGGGAGAUUAUUUAAAGCUUAUCUGUUUUUAUGCCUGACAACAGGGUGUCAUGUGGCCAACACUGUGGUCAAUCACUUUUACUUCCCCAAUUUCUGUGUAGUAUUUCUCAUGUAUUUGAAUGUAGUUAAGGUUUUAAAUCUCACAACACUGGCUUUUUUUUUUUGGUUGAUCUCUCAGCUAAAUGUAUUCUUACAAUUUAGAUCAAGGGACAUAAUUCUGCAUACAUUCGUUUUUGUUUGUCCAAUAUUUGCUUCACUAUAUUUUACUUCAGUGGAUUUUGUACUGGUAGACACUAUGUUUGGACCCGGUCAGUAUGGGAGAGAGGCGAGUGUUGAUGUGUGUGCAGCCCAGCACUCGCAAAAUUACCGCCCAGGCUUUCCCCCAGCAAUGGAGAGGUCACUCCAGACACUAUGUUUCUAAGAGACCAAAAGAUAUGAAUCAUUCUGUAACUAUUAAAUAAACAGCAACAUGGACAUGAGAACAAGUGGGAAUUGUAGAUAUAGGUUUUGCAUGUAUGCAGCAUUCUUUUUGAUAUUUUCUGCAAUGCAUUAGAUCUAAUUAAUAUAAACCCAAGUGUGAAUUUAGUAUAAGAAAAGUUAUUGAUUUCUAUCAGCAGUAUUACAAAAGCUGUGUCAUCAGAAUUAUUCAAGGCCAGUCAUCUACUAAUGUUAGCUUUUGCAAUGCUCUACCAGCCUGUAUAGAGAAUUCUAUUGUGACAAAAAGGAAAAAGCUCAUAAAAUUUCUAGAUGUAAUAAUUAUCAAAGGUUGAUUUUUCAUUGUACUCAGAGAUGUUGUCAACAGUCUAUUGACCUAAAAACUUUUAUUUUUAUUGAAAGAACAACAAAUUAAUUUUAAUAUUACAAAAACAAAUUUAUGUGUGCAAUACUUUGUGCUUUUUUCCACAUAUAUCUAUUAUAAGAUUUUUUUUUAAAAAGAAAAACAACUACCACAUUUUAAUUGUUUUGGUUUUUGUAUUAGAUAUUCAAUCUUAAGAAUUUUUACUGUAAGUCCAUAUUUGAGAAAACCACAAAGCUCAUACAGAACGGAAAGGGUUGAUAAUUAGUCAGAUAAAAACCAAGGACUAUAAUGAUGACAUUAGAAUCUCUAAUCUCAUGACCAAGCAAUCAUCCAUUGAUGUGGUAAAAUACUUUAGUACAAACUUUGGCUUCAAUAUAUUUGUAGACUUUGUAAUGAAAAGUUAGGUGGAAAUAAAAAACACUUGAAAUACAGAAGUCAAGUGUAACAAACAAAAAUUUACAUUAUCUUCACUAAUGAUAAAAUGGCAUUAAGUUUUAUCCUAGAAAUGAAUAUAAUUAUCUCCUGGCAUUUUAAGCUUACAUAUUCUGUUCUAAAUAUUUAGUGAAAUAAAAAAAAGGAUGUAUUUCCAGACUAGCAAGGAAAUACUGAAGCUGAAGAAUAACAUCAGAAGUAAAAGAAAAUAUGCUUGUGAAUAUUUACAAAAUAUGUAAAUUGAUGGAAACAUUAAACAGCCCUAUAGGAAUUGUAAUAUAAAAGAUGAUUUCUUGAUCAAAGACAGCAGUAUCUUUUCUUUAACAAAAACAAACUUUUUUUCAUUCUCAGAUAUUACAAAUCUUGAAACUGUUUUUCUAUAGACUCGUAUGAAAUUUUGAUUGUAAUUUUUGUUAACAAUUUUAUACUUGACAUUUUUGUUUAUGUAACAAUGUUUUUUAUUACAAGAUCAAUUACCUGCAUUACAUUUAGAAGUCUAGGCAAUAUUUGUAUUUUCCUGUUUUCUCAUUGGAUAAUUUAUCUAAACUUUCACUUUAAUGUGUAUGUACAAAUUGUAAAAGAAAAAAAAUGUUUCUUGUGAAGGUAUUCUUUUUAAAAUCAUUUCACAAGAACUGACAGAAUGUGUCCAUGUUUACAUUGCUUCUAAUCAUUUGAUCUCUUGCAAAAAAAUAAAAAAUAAAUAAAAUAUUGUUAAAGCUGAGAUGGCCAUAUAAAACAAAUAUUGACACAGACAAUGCAGAGAUGCCUUGUUGGUCAAUAGUUCACUGGCUGAUAAAUCUGUUUUUAUUAUAUAGACUCUAGCAUGAAAUGUUGCUCUAGACUUGCCUGCAUUAUGGAGAUAAUAACAGCUAGUUCUUUGCUUUGUGUGUACAGUGUAUGGCUGAUUCUAAGUAUUGACUGACAAAUGUAUACUCAUUAUUGUUUUAACUACGUUAAACUUUUAUUAUUUUUUUUUAUUAUGAUGAUCCUUUUUCUUCUUUAAUAAAAAAAAUCAUGUCAAGAAUUUUGAAAGCUUGGUUUCAAUACUAGUUUUAAUUUCUGAAUUGUUUUCUAAUGAAACAAGAUCAGAAAGAUCCCACAUCAAGUUUUCUGGGUUGUCUUACUUAAUUUAUACAAGUUUUGAAAUAAAAUCUUUACAAAAUAAACCUUUUAGCCUAAACUAAAUGUUAUACAUCUAGGCUGUCCUUUUAUGCUUAGGAUGUAAUCAUCUUCUUUUUUAAAGUAAUGUCUGUAUUUUAUAUCAUAAGAAGAUACAGAUUUUAAGUUGGGAUUUUAAUCUGCUGAGCUAAAAAAAAAUAUUUUUUAAAAAUUUUCAAAGUGUUAUGGACAUGUUUUUAUAUUUCUAAGUUAAGAUGAAAAACAUUUUAUAUAUGUAGAAAAUUUAAAACCUGAACUAUAUUUACAUGAAUUUAUAUUAUAGACUCUUAUGUCAUUAUCAGGUAAACUCUGUUAAGGUGUUGGUUCAAUGUUUGUAUUCACUUUGUAUUCUUUUAGGAAAAUGUUUUUUUUACACGAGACAGUGUCUGACUAGCUAAAGUAGCAUUUUACAUUACACUUACAUUUGAAGAAAUAUUUUGGGAAUGAACUGAACAUUUGUCUACUUAAAUAUCAAUGAGAACAAAAUUAAAUUAUUAUUUAUUA